GGUUGCAUUGAAGGCCCGGGCGCCUCUACCAUCGGGCGCCAUCAUCCUAGAGCCGUCUGGUGAAAACAAGGGCACAACCAUGAAACCCCAGGCUAUGAAAUACCUAGCUAUGGUACUGUGCAGAAAGUGCACGCUUAUCAAACUAAUUCAUCCAACUUUUACGCUGGCGAGCUGGUGGACGUGUGGGGCUGUCGCCACACUUGUAUACCAUUCACUUGUCGGAAACGGUUUUCUGUCUUUCUGCGCGGAGUUAGUAGUAUGUAUGCACAUAUGUCCCGCAAUCCUGGUGGGGUGGGUUGCAAUAUGUGACAUCUCGUCGUCGGGGAGGGCCAGGGUAUAACAGGAGAGCUUUAGAUCCCGGGAUCCCCAUUCCAAGAUAAUACGGCCGACGGAUCCUCCCCUCCAUCGAGUUUUUGUUCCCCAAGAUGGCCGCUCCUUCGCCUUCCCCCCCCGAAAACCUUACCAGAGUCUUCUUCUCCCGGUCGAGAACCCAAGUUGUUCGAGUUCGCAGUAAAUGAACGAGAUGCCUUCGUCUUAUGCCCCGAGCGUCUCAUCAGUGAGCCCCAUACGUCCUAGGCAACGGAAGCUGAGUGGGGGUCAGACGUCAUGGUGGGAAUUGAACUGUACAUGAAGAGUUGGU